UGCACUAUUUCAUCUUCAUCAAGCUUUUUGCCAUACACCGUAAUCUUCAGGUUAUUAUGGGUAUGGCUGCAGAGACCCAGUUUCAUGUUUUGGCUGUUGAUGAUAGUCUCAUUGACAGAAUGCUGAUUGAGAGGCUCCUCAAAACCUCAUCCUUCCAAGUUACUGCAGUGGAUUCUGGAAGCAAGGCUUUAAAAUUUCUUGGUUUAAAUGCAGAUGAACAGAGAAAGGGAGAUACAGUCUCUGUUGAUGCUGGUAGCCAUCAGGAUUUAGAAGUGAACCUGAUCAUAACAGAUUACUGUAUGCCAGGAAUGACAGGCUACGAUCUACUGAGAAAAAUCAAGGAAUCUGAGUCUCUCAAGAACAUACCAGUGGUGAUUAUGUCCUCAGAGAAUGUCCCAUCAAGGAUCGACAGAUGCUUAGAAGAAGGAGCUCAAGAAUUUUUUCUGAAACCUGUUCAACAGUCAGAUGUAAACAAGCUCAAGCCACAUUUGAUGAAAUCAAGAGUUAAGGAAGAGGAAGACCAAUUCAUCAAUAACCAAAGGAAGAGCAUGCAAGAAGAAACCCAUUAG